GUGGACGACCAGUGUGAGCUGAAGUCUGUGGAGCACGGCGAUGAUGUUGUACCAUUGACGGCGAAGGAAGCAAGUCGGCUGAACGAGGAGGAAGUGAUAAAAUAUUUACAUGUGGAUGUGAACUCUGGUCUGUCCGAGUGCGCGGUCCUCCAGCGGCGGGUGAAGCAUGGCUGGAAUGAAUUUCAGGUGGACAGCGCUGAUCCCGUGUGGAAGAAGUACCUGGGACAGUUUACGAAUCCACUCAUCCUUUUGUUGCUCGGCUCCGCCCUGGUCAGUGUCAUAACAAAGGAAUACGAGGACGCGGUCAGCAUCACGGUGGCUAUUCUCAUUGUUGUGACGGUGGCCUUUGUUCAGGAAUAUCGCUCGGAAAAGUCUCUGGAAGAGUUAAACAAGUUGGUUCCCCCAGAAUGCAACUGCAUUCGCGAUGGCAAAUUGCAGCACCUGCUGGCACGGGAGCUGGUCCCCGGGGAUGUGGUGUGCCUGACGGUCGGCGACCGAGUUCCUGCAGAUAUCAGACUGACAGAGACGACGGAUCUUUUGGUGGAUGAAUCCAGUUUCACGGGUGAGACAGAGCCAUGCAGUAAGACCCAUGGGUCUGUGGAUGAAGCCAGUGGAUUGGCAACGCUCAGCAACAUUGUGUUCAUGGGGACGCUUGUCCGAUAUGGCAAAGGAAAGGGUCUAGUCAUCAGCGUCGGUGAAAAGUCACAGUUUGGUGAAGUUUUCAAGAUGAUGCAAGCGGAAGAGACCCCGAAGACCCCUCUGCAGAAGAGUAUGGACAAGCUGGGAAAGCAGCUCUCUCUCUUCUCUUUGGUAUUAUAGGGUUGAUCAUGCUGAUUGGCUGGUUGCAGGGGAAGCCUCUCCUCAGUAUGUUCACCAUUGGUGUCAGUUUGGCAGUGGCCGCCAUUCCUGAAGGUCUGCCCAUCGUUGUCACCGUAACGCUGGCGCUUGGCGUAAUGAGGAUGGCCAACAAGAGAGUCAUUGUGAAGAAGCUGCCUAUCGUAGAGACUCUAGGCUGCUGUAACGUUAUCUGCUCAGACAAGACCGGAACACUGACCGCCAAUGAGAUGACUGCCACCAAACUAGUCACAUCCGAUGGUUUACAUGCAGAGGUAACCGGCAUUGGUUAUGACGAGAAGGGAACUGUGAACUUGCUGCCAUCCAAUGAAGAGUUGCGGGACUUCUCCAACAUCUCUGUAGGAAAGUUAGUAGAGGCUGGAUGUGUCGCCAACAACGCCAUCAUUCGCAAUGGCACCUUGAUGGGACAGCCAACAGAGGGUGCCCUGCUUGUCUUGGCAAUGAAGAUGAGUAUGGGGAAUUGCAGAGAGAAUUACAUUCGGAAGAAGGAAAUUCCAUUCAGUUCAGAGCAGAGGUGGAUGGCGGUGAAAUGUGUGGACAAACUCGAGAAUCAGGAGGACGUAUACUUCAUGAAGGGGGCCUUUGAGGAGGUGAUUCAGUACUGUACAACGUAUAACAGCGGCGGGAUGACAAUGGCGCUCACACCGCAGCAGAAAUCACUCUACCUUCAGGAGGAGAAGAACAUGGGAAGCCAGGGGCUGAGAGUGCUGGCGCUGGCCUCUGGACCUGAGUUGGGGAUGCUGAUGUUCCUGGGGCUGAUCGGAAUUAUUGACCCCCCAAGAAGUGGGGUGAGCGACGCGGUACAGAUCCUGCUGGAGUCUGGGGUGUCCGUCAAGAUGAUCACUGGAGAUGCGCUGGAGACGGCUCAGGCUAUCGGAAGAAGUAUCGGUCUAUCUAAUGGGCAUCUUAAAGCCAUUUCGGGGGAGGAGUUGGAUGGAUUAGAUGAAGGGUCCUUGUCCUCUGUGGUCACCAAGGUCUCCGUCUUCUACCGCACCAGCCCGAAGCACAAACUGAAGAUUAUCAAGGCUCUGCAGCGCACAGGCGCCAUUGUCGGAAUGACGGGAGAUGGUGUAAAUGACGCGGUGGCUCUAAAGUCAGCCGACAUCGGCGUGGCAAUGGGGAAGACCGGAACAGAUGUCAGUAAAGAGGCUGCAGAUAUGAUCCUGGUUGAUGAUGAUUUUUCCACAAUUAUGAACGCCAUAGAAGAAGGGAAAGGAAUAUUCCACAACAUCAAAAACUUUGUCCGCUUCCAGCUGAGCACGAGCAUCUCGGCACUCAGUCUGAUCACUUUAUCGACCAUCAUGAACCUGCCAAAUCCCCUCAAUGCCAUGCAGAUCCUUUGGAUUAAUAUAAUUAUGGACGGACCUCCAGCACAGAGUUUGGGGGUGGAGCCGGUCGAUAAGGACGCCAUCAAGCAGCCUCCACGGAACGCCAAGGAAUCCAUUCUCAGUAAGACCUUACUGCUAAAGAUCCUGCUGUCGGCGGCCAUCAUCAUCAGUGGGACGCUGUUCGUCUUCUGGAAGGAGAUUCCGGAUGGGAAAGUCACGCCGAGGACGACCACCAUGACCUUCACCUGCUUUGUGUUCUUUGACAUGUUUAACGCCUUGGCCUGCCGCUCUCUGCAUAAAACGGUCUUCGAGAUUGGGUUCUUCAGAAAUCGAGUCUUCUGGUAUUCAGUGAUUGGCUCCAUCCUGGGACAGAUGGCUGUCAUCUACAUCCCCCCUCUUCAGAAGGUUUUCCUGACACAGAACCUGCAUGCCUUGGAUCUCCUCUUCCUCACCGGCCUGGCAUCCUCUGUGUUCCUCGUGUCAGAGCUGAUAAAGUUUUGUGAACAGUACUGCUGCCAGAAGAAGACAGUGAAAGUUUUGGAGGAGGACAUAUAA